UCGCGGUAGGCAGUCGCGAUCUUGCUCGCGCUGGAGCGCCAACGAAUGGAUAAUCGACUGCCCAGCGACGAGGUAAUUAGGUCAUUUUCCAUCGGCGGGACGAGGAGGACAAUGAAGAAAGAUCACGAGAAUGCGAAGCCCAGCUCAGCUCCAUCCAGCAAGCGCCGGAUUAUGGGCGCUCGCGGCCCCGAGGAAUUCCACUGCCUGGGCGCGCUGGACAUCAUCAAGGAAUCAGUGGCAGCGCUGCGAGCAAUCUCCUCGCUCUUCUUCUGGGUCGCGGCGCUCCUCGCCACGCCAUUCUCCAUCGUCGUGCUCUCCCAGGCCUGGAUCACGUCCCCGGUGGUGGAGAACUGGGCCGCGCGGAUCGAGGCCAGCGCUCUCGCCACCCGCGGCGGCGUCUGGUUCCUCCCAUCCUACCGUGCCGCCUGCUUCAAGCUCGUCGACAACCUCGUCUCCCACGCCUUCCAGCUCCAGUAUUCUGAAGCUCAGGUAUCCAAUCGCAGCACUCGUGAUUUGACCAAGAAAACCAGUGAUCGUUACCCCAAAAGUUAUUGAAUCUCCUCGUCAUCAGCUUGGAAUUUACCAGACAAUAGUUCCACUGCAAAGCAGCUUGGACUGGAGAACACCCUCAACAUCUCGCUGGCCUCAAUGGCCCAGCUCCAAAACGCGAAAGAGGUUGUUCUUCAAGCGGCUAAUCACCACCCUUUCAGUGAAGCCCCAAACUCCGACCUGGGCCGAUAGACGGGCACCAAGUUCCUCUCCUUGCCCCUCGCCGCUCACAGGCAAUUGUCAUCGAUGAGGAUCGUCCUCUCCAUAUCGCUAUCCUCGCAACAUUUUCACAUUCCUUCUCUCUCGAGAUGCUCCAGGGACUGCUGGAAAUCCCAGUGAAGCCACAGUCUUGUAAACAAGGGGAUUGUUUCGCUCCGCUGCUAUUCUCACGCCCGGAUCUCGUUGAGAGCGCAUACAAACUCCGGGCCCCUGUAUGCUAGAGCCAAAUUGCCACCCGCGGCGGCAAAGAAGCGCGAUCCUUGCCCUAGCGCGCAUCCGCGGCGGCGGCACGCAUCCAAGGCGCCGGCCAGCGACCGGAUCGUAGCUCCGGGGAUGGAUUCCGGGCUGCUGGCUAUGCGGCGGCUGUGCCGGCUUGGCGACACUGAGAUCAAUGGUGCGGAGCCACGGCUGGCACCUGCCUGCGCACGGGUUUCAGGUUGUGGCGAUCACUGUGUUCUUCCUCCUCGUAGUCGCGUACUUCGUGUUUUUCGCGCCUUUCAUUGGGCCCAAUCCGUGGCAGUAUAUCGUAAUUGGGUGUUACUCGAUGAGUCUUGGCACUUGUGGUGUUCGUUCUUUACGUCAGAUGCACAGGAAUCAAUCCUGCGGACUCAAAGCUACCUCUUUGCAGCUAGCAAGUACCUGAGCUAAACUUCUUUGCAAAAACAGAUCGUGGAUUUGGCAACCUUGACAGAUCGCGUUGGGCAACGAGAUUGGAGGUAUCGUCCUCUCUUAGAAUUGUUUUUCUAACUCCAUGGCAAAACAGGCAUGUUUACUCCCAGCGACGAACUCGCGGAGGAACUGUCCCAAGCGUCAAGCGCCGCCGGAGAGAAGCUAUGGCGGAUAGAUGAUGAAGUCGGGAAUCGCGGACAUGGUGAACACGGGUGGACGUCCUGGCGGAUCCAUAACGGCGUCGCUCUUCUUGAAACAGUUUGUCGAUGAGAAAAUUCCUUGGGCUCAUCUCGACAUCGCUGGACCCGUGUGGAACGAGAAGAAGAAAAUGGCGACUGGAUUCGCUGUGGGGACCUUGGUGGAAUGGGUUUCGAAGCACGCAUCCUCCUCAUAAAGUAAAAAAAAAGAGGUUGGUUUUUCCCACAGCAGGAUUGUUUCUUGAGGCUCAUUUUUGCUCGGUCGUUAAACAAUUUACAUUUAUUA